UUUUCUGGCAUCGUGAAAGUGGCCCUACACUCAGGACAAAAUAGACUCCGAUGUGGUCUGCUGACUGAGUUCUUGCCCAUCUUAAAAUCUUGGUGCCUCUGUGAACCAUCCAGUGUGAGGAGCUGAGCUUACUGCUGUAGAACUGAUUGGCUGCUGUCACACUGAGCGAACCCAGGGGUUUCAUUUCUAACUCUGCUUCUUACUCCCCCUGUCCUUGGUUUGGAGAAGGGAUGCUGAUUCUUGCUCUGUGCCAGCAACAUUGAUAAAUCUGGUUGUCGCCCCCUUCCCCCACCCCCCAAUACAAUUAAGCUGCCUCUUGCCGAUACACUCACUCACAGUGGCGGAUGCAGAAUAUUGUGCAUGACUCUGGCGACAGCUCAGAGGAUGAAUUCUUCGAUGCACGAGAUGAGGUGGUGGAAGGUAAAAAUGCUCUUCUGCUAGGGAUGAGCACAUGGAACUCGAAUGAUCUGGUGGAACAGAUUGAGACAAUAGGAAAGUUGGAUGAUGGCCAAGGUGACAUGUACAGAGAUUCUCUCAGUAGGCAGGGAUGUCCUACACAAGGCAGUGUGGAGGGACAAGAGGAUUCAGAGGAUGUGAAAAAGUGCAAGAUUCGUGUACUUAUUCUGGUACUUCAUGGAGGGAAUAUUCUGGACACAGGAGGAGGAGACCAGAACUCCAAGGCAGCUGAUGUCAAUACCUUUACUUCAGUUCUCGAAAAAGUUACCAGUGCCCAUUUUCCAGCAGCUCUCGGCCACUUUCUCAUCAAGUUAGUCCCAUGCCCUCCUAUCUGCUCUGAGGCCUUUUCACUGGUUUCUAACUUAAAUCCCUACAGCUAUGAUGAAGGUUGUCUGAGCAGCAAUGAGGAUCACAUUCCACUGGCUGCGCUGCCCCUGCUCGCAAUCUCUUCACCGCAGUAUCAGGAUGCAGUUGCAACAGUGAUUAACCGAACGAACCAGAUUUAUAAUGAGUUUCUGAAGUCAGAAGAUGGGAUUGGAUUCAAUGGCCAGGUCUGCUUAAUUGGUGACUGUGUGGGAGGAAUUCUGGGAUUUGACGCCCUGUGUUACAGUUCACAUACAACAUGUGAAAGCCAGAACAGCAGCAGGAGGGGGAGCAUCGGUAGCAUUCAGGAUAACACACAUUUAACAGAUGAACCUGGAUCGGACUUGAGCUCCAGUAAACGACUUAGCAGAAGCAACAUUGACAUCUCGGGGAUAGAAGCUAAGGAACCAAGAAAGCUAUUGCAAAGGAAACAGAGUGACUCUUCUACCUAUGACUGCGAUACCAUAACACAGCACCAUGCUUUUCUGUCAAGAAUUCACUCCAGUACGUUAAACGAUGACCCUGACUUACAGAGGAUGAACAGCACCAAUAUAUUAGAUGGAAACCCAGGCCGAUUUGAUUUUGAUGUCUCUGAUUUCUUCCUCUUUGGUUCCCCUUUGGCCUUGGUUUUGGCCAUGAGGUGGACAGUUCUCCCUUCUGUAGAUGUGGCUCAGCUACGGCCCGCUUGUACCCAGGUGUACAGCCUCUUCCAUUCGGCUGAUCCCUCUGCCUCUCGCCUGGAGCCACUGUUGGAGAAAAGUUUCCACCUGUUGCCUCCAGUUUCUGUUCCAAGGUACCAGAGAUACCCGCUGGGAGAUGGCAAUUCGACUCUCCUAGCUGACCUCAUACAGAGCCACCACUCCCUCUUCCUGGAAUGUUCGAAUGCAUCCACAUCCCCUAACACCCUACUGACGCAACUGCAACGAGACAUUCGCAGAGGCAGUCAAACCAGCAUUACCAGUGAGGUAUCAGGCUCUUCGGAGAACUUUCUUGCAGCCAACAUUGCUGGCAUUACUGCAAAGUGGUGGGGAACAAAACGGAUAGACUAUGCACUGUAUUGUCCUGAUGCAUUGACAGCUUUUCCAACUGUGGCACUACCACACCUCUUCCAUGCCAGCUACUGGGAAUCAACUGACGUCUUGGCAUUUGUUCUACGGCAGGUAAUGAGGUAUGAAAGUGUGAACAUAAAGGAGAACGACAGCAAGGAUCCUUCCGCACGCAGUGAGUCGAGUCCUCGGGAGAAAUGGCUUCGCAGACGAACACACGUGAAACUUAGGAACGUAACAGCCAAUCACCGAGCCAAUGAUGUCAUCGUGGCAGAAGGUGUCCCUCAGAUGCUGGUGGGGAGAUUUAUGUAUGGUCCUCUUGACAUGGUCACCCUGACUGGAGAAAAGGUUGACAUUCUGCUCAUGACACAACCCCCUGCGGGGAGGUGGGUGUAUUUUGACACUGAAAUCACCAGCAACAGUGGCAGGAUCCUGUACACCAUACCAGAUGAGAAGAAGCUCAGUGUUGGCGUUUACCCUGUGAAGAUGGUUGUAAGAGGAGACCAGACUUUUGCAGAAAGCUACCUGACUGUGUUGCCAAAAGGGAUGGAAUGUGUGGUCUUCAGCAUCGAUGGUUCCUUUGCUGCAAGUGUCUCUAUCAUGGGCAGUGACCCAAAAGUCAGGGCUGGAGCAGUGGAUGUGGUCAGACACUGGCAGGACCUGGGCUAUCUCAUCAUUUACGUCACUGGACGGCCAGACAUGCAGAAGCAGCGGGUGGUGUCCUGGCUGGGCCAACAUAACUUCCCCCAGGGUAUGAUCACCUUCUCCGAAGGUCUGGUCCACGAUCCCUUGCGACAAAAAACAAUCUUCUUGCGCAACCUGGUGCAAGAGUCCCACAUCAAAAUCGCUGCUGCCUAUGGAUCAAUGAAAGACAUUUCAGUUUACAACGUGCUGGGUCUGUCCGCAUCUCAAAUCUACAUUGUGGGACGCCCAUCAAAAAAGUACCAGAACCAAUGCCAGUUUCUCUCCGAAGGUUAUGCUGCUCAUUUGGCUCAGCUGGAGUUCAGCCACCGGUCCCGUCCAAAGAAGAGCAACUCUCGGAUGAUCCUACGGAAGGGGAGCUUCGGACUUACCGCUCAGCCGGAUUUCCUUCGGAAACGGAACCACUUGCGCAGGACUAUGUCGGUGCAGCAACCGGACCCACCAUCCUGCAAUCCCAAGCCUGAGCGAGCGCAGAGUCAACCUGAGUCCGACAAGGUCGAGAGGCAUCCCCACAGCAUAGCCUGGGCCCGCAGCGGAGGCUCCAAGUCGGAGCCGGGUGUGUGAGUGAUAUGUCAUAGGCAACAGAGAGUUCCAGGCUUCAUGCGGAGUCUGAGCUCACACCGGGAACGGUAACGUGGAGCUGUGAUGCCCAUUGAACGGAGUACUGGGCUGGAAUUUCCUCUUCUGUCCAAUCAAUGGUAGCGUUGCACUAGGCUGCACCUCCAUCCUUAUAAGUGAUCUGGCACUGACCCUGGUGAAUCUUUGCAGAUCAGUUAUGUAGAUGGGUUCAAGAUCUUCCAGUUAUUUAGAUGGGUUCCCCAAGGCAUUGGAAGGUCAACACUAAGAGGGAGCAUUUUUACCCUCCAGCUGGCUAUUUUGGGAUACCACAAAUGUGGAAUUACAGGGAACUUGCCCACAAUUCCUCAUUGUGCAUUUCCAUCGGGUGAGGCUUCCCAUCAGGAACACACAUCCACAAAUUCAAUGGAGUAUUUCACAAAUGACCAUGGCCUUUAGGCUUUUUCUGAGCAACGUUUCAGUCACCAUUACAACACCGGUGAGUUACAGUUCGUAAAAUCGUGUUGAGGAUGACUGUAAUUCUCUGUUGCCAAUGAGAUACCCUGGGAUCCUUUGUGUUUAUUUUUAUCCUUGUUAUAAGCUGAGGUGUAGAAUAACACGAAGGAAUACUGAAGAACUUGUUGACAAGGAAUGAAUGUUUUUCACUUCUCUCACAAGUGCUUGGGGGCAUCGCACUUCAAACUGUAUGCCUUGAUGGCAGAUACAGUAUCAAAUGCGUGUCUCAGCAGGGAGGGAAUCCCUGGCUCUCUUCACAUUAAUUGUCAAACUAUUGGAGAGGUGACAUUAUUGGGGGCAUCUCAGUACAUUAUCUCAUUCCCUCACUGAAAGGAUCAAGCAUUGCUCGGCUGUAAAAAAAAAAUCAGCUUGACAAAUAAAAAUGAUUCAAGCACUUUGGAGGAUAUAAAAAGAAAAAAAGAUGAACUUUCUUUUUCAUAUUGCCAGUUGUCCUAUAGCACUUUACAGGCACUGACAGAGUUUAGAAGGGUGGCCAUUGUUCUGUUGCAGGAAACAUAAAGCCAGCCUGGCCGAACAUUCUCAUUGACAGCAGUAAUCCUGUGCAAGAAGUUCUGAAAAGUUCUGACCAACUAGUUUUGCUUUGAUUAAAUUGUUACACAGAUCAGGAAAUUAAAUACUUUAUUAAUCCUACCAAUUUAUGUCAAUUGAUCAGGAUUCGUUGACAAGGAGGCAAGUUUCCCUGUCGUGAAAAGUAAAAGACUUGCAUUUCCAUAGCACCCUUCACAUCCUUAUCAGGACGUCCCAAAGUGCUUUAUAAGCGAUGAGGCACUUUUGAAACGUGACUGCCAGUUUGUUGGAUGGGAGAUAACUGUUAUUUACGCUAAUUAGUUUGCUUAAAAUUGUGAGAGUAGAACCCCUGAUGGGUUUUCCUGAUCUCCCACUUUAAAUCUAGUAAUCCCAGAGAGCUAGUGUAUCAGGCAGAUUAUACCAUCCAUGUUGUUCUGCAGGAAAAGAGAAUUGGUUUCCAAGGUAAGACUGCAGCCAGGAUGUUAUUAGGGCCCCAUGUCCUUCAUAUUAUGAGCAUUCAACCAUGUGGCGUGAACCAAAUUGGCCAAACACUGCAACAGUAAUGGCAGUGACUCAGGUGGGAUUGCACAAGUACCAUUUUUGUCUGAAAAUGCAAAGAAUUUAGCCCUGUCUCUUGCAUUCCGUAGUUGGCCCCAGUAUGGUUGAAAAUGGAGAUGUUCAUGUAUCACCUCCUGUUUUUUUAUUGUCUGAAUAUCUAGAGUGGUGGAUAUUAGAUAUUACCCUCAUCCAAUCAUGGACAAUUCUAGGGCCUUCUUUCUGUGAUUUGCAUGUAGCUAGUUCUUUAUUUAGCUUUUUUAUAUGGUCUGUAUGUAGCUGUUCCACUUGCAAUAUUCUGCACUUCCUGAUGAACCAGGGUUCGUCUUGUGACCUCAUGUUGAUGGAGGAGUGAAGGAUGGCCAAUGUUAUGAUGUUACAGAUGGUGAUUGUAGAUGGUGUAUUGUUGACGAUGUCUUACAGCAGCACAAGGAAGCUUCAGCUUUGAACCGUCUGAUCUGUUAGCCCACAAAGCAAAAGAGGGUGUUGGUUAUUGUGGGGAGAAUACACAGUCAGUGUGAAGAACUGUGAAUGGUCACUACUAACAAUGUUGGCAUGAGCAAACAUUGUACUGAUUCAACUCGAGUCAAAGUAGCAGCAUAUACAUACUGAUGCCAUGCCCUUGUCAGUCAGUCACUCCAUGAGUUUUCUCACCUUCACUGCUUCAGCUUUGAGCGUAGCUAACACCUGCUUCCAUCAGAACCCCUCAGACAAGUGCCUUUCCUUCUCCCCAGUCAAAUAUCCUCCGAGAUCAACGUCAUUCUCAAAAGUAUUUUUCUUCCCACAAUCUGUUUCUAGUCCCUUCCAUCUCUGCUGUCUAGUGUGAGAAGCUUAUUACGUUUGGAUUGAGAACAUUCACUCCACUGCCUCUGACUCUUCCUCCUGCUCUUGCUCCAAACUGGACAAUUCUGGAGUAUUUUAACCUUUAAGGUCCUUGAAUGAGAAAUCACUGCUGUAAUCUACACUCAUCUUUUCCACAAUCACUGGUCAAGUCCCCUGAGCUGCUCUGCACUCUGCUUCUGGGAUCAAACCUGUUCUGUGACAUGGUGUCUAUAUGUGUAAUGUAUUCUCUCCAAUCUAUACUCAACAUUUGAAAUGGUUGAACACUUCUUGUCUUCCAUGUGACUGAUGUAAUUUCCAACAAAGUCGGCACAUUUUGAGCAAUGAUUUCUCUUUUUAAAACUAUGCUAUCAUCUUGGAUCACUCUUGGCCCUAUUUCUCAUGUUGGUUUUUGCUAAUCUUAUCUGUGGGUACAUAAUGAGCUUUCAGUUGUACGACCAUGACUGUACACUCUAUCUCAAUGGCAUGUCCGGUGUUGUGUUGUCUGAUGUAUAAUGUUGAUGUACAUGUUCCAGAGUAUUUUUUUACUGCUCAGUUUAGCAUGUGACAGUUUAAUUAGCAGGAUGAUCUCUAAUUAAACUGUCACAUGCAGAACCCACAUAUCCCAAUUUUGUUGAUUCCUCCCAUUGCCUACUUGGUGUAACCUCAACAGGCAUUGACCUUUAAUAUCCCGAUAACUCCAAUCGCCAAGAUGCUUUACUACCACCUUUGGAACAACAUUCAUCUCCAUGUUCACCUCAUCCUUAUUGCCACCAAGGCCAUUGUUCAUUUGCAGCCUCAGGGCUUGCAUUCCCUGCUCACUCAUAAAUACGUUAGCCUGAAAAUUGGACACAUUUGCAUGUUUUUCUUGCACAAAUUGUCCACAACCCAGUUAAAAUCAUAUUUGUGGCCUUUUCAAAAAUAUUUAUUCAUUUCCUUAGAUCUGGGUGUCUCUGGUCAGUAACUAUUGUUCAUCCCCAAGUGCUCUUGAGAAGAUGGCAGUGAGCCACCUUCAUUAACCGCUGCAGUCGCUCUGGUGAAGACACUCCCGCAGUACUGUUAGGCAGGGAGUUCCAGGAUUUAGAUCCGGGGAUGAUGAAGAGCUGGUGAUAUCUCCUCAAGUCAGGACUGUAGUGUGACUUGAAGGGGAAUCCGCAGGCGGUGCUGCUCCUUGCACCUGAUGUUUUUAUCCUUCUUGGCAGUGGACGGUGAGGGUUUGGGAGAUGCUUUAGGAGUAACUGCAAUGCGUUUUGUAGAUAACACGCAUUGCAGCCAUUUGUGCAUCAGUGGUGGCUGUAAUGAAUGCUUGGGGUGGUUGAUGGGUUGCCACUGUAAUGGGAAUGGGCUACUUUGUCCUAAUGGUGUUAAAUUUCAUUCAGGCAAGUGGAGAAUAUUUUAUCAUGCUCAUGACUUGUGCAUUAUACGUAUUAGGAAGGUUUGGAGUGUCAGGAGGGGAUAUCCAGCCUCUGAGCUGCUCUGUAAGACAGGUCAGUGAUGAUCCCCAGAAUGUUAAUGGUUGGGGAUGUGGUGAUGGUAAUGUCAAGGAUAGGCAGUUAGAUCCCCUGUGGUUAACAAAAUCAUGCCGAUUGGGAAAUGGACCUGCACACUACUCUGUGUGGUUCAUCUCAGCAUGGCUAGCAAUUCCUGGCAUCAAUCCCACAGUUAAUGACACCACAGGUAGUGCUCCACGUGUCUUCCCUCACCAAUGUAAUUUGGAGCUCUUGGGGGCCAUGCUGAGCACUCACAAAAAAAAAUCUAGGACGUUGCUCAGGGAUUGGCAAUUGGUUGUCAAUAAAAGGAUCUGCACUGUGACAUCAAUAUCUUUCUCACAUCUGCAACCCUCAGUUUACAAUGCUUAAUUAAGGGAAACUGUGCCAGAGCUGCUUCCUUCACUGUUCAAAGCUUCUCUGUGCAUAUCACAUCAGCCCUGUGCUUACCCUACACUUCAGUGGUGAGGAGCUGCUCUUGGCUUUGGCCUUGACCUUGAUCAGUGAUGAUGGAUGUGUGGCAGGGGGGUGGAGAUGUCCACACACACAGGUUGUCACACUGCCCUCAACCCCACCUUCCCCAUCACCUCCAUGACAAUCAUUUACCUGACUGUUCCGUGGUUCCUUUAAAGUUGACACCCUUCCUGAAGUUCAGUGCCGCAGCAGGCUCUAUGUUAGCCCAACAUUCCAUGUACCAAAUGCCAUAGAACCAUUCUUUGUAUCUGUGUAUCUUUGCAGGGGAUCUGAUUGGUUAUUCACAGCACUACGCCACAAAAAAAAAGGUGAAGUUCAAUUUCUAGGCACAUUUGUUUAAAAACAUCAUCACCAAAAUAUCGUCUUCUAGUCCCCACUCAUAAAUUUGCCUUGGUCAGUCAGUGUUAGAAAAGGAAAAAAUUGCAAUGUUAUUGAAUUCUAUGCUACCCAAGUUACAGCUGGUAUAAAUACUACUACCUGCUUUGUGACAUGCAAUGAAUCCUUGGUGCAUGCAGCCAAGUUUCCCAUGACCUCUACUGCCCCACUGUCAAUAUCAAUGCAUGAAAUCCUCCACAAUCUUCACCUGACCUCCACCCAUGCCUUCUGCCUUCCUUAGUCCCAAUCACAGAACACACAUCUUAAACUCCACCUUUCUACUUUCUCAAAGGGCUUCUCCUUUUAGGCCAACAUUUUCUGGUAUCUUGUAGAAAUUAGAGGUUAUUGGUAACAUUUUCCCUCUGGCAUGUACUGACACAGCUAACAUCAGGGGAAAGCUACUCAAAGUCUGGACGUGAGGUCAUAAUAGGAUAUGCUAUAUCCAUCUUCCCAAUGCAAUCCCAGGUUAAAGAAAUUACAUGUUCUGCCAUUCCUUGUGAAUUUCAUAUGGAUUGGCAACAUAUGGUGUACUGUCAAUUAGCAAAUGUGCACUCCCCAUGGUUGUCUAUUGUGUACAUCUGUACGGGAAAUAAAAUACCUAGUCAGAAGCCAGACCUGCUCUUGCCUUGAGGUAGCCAUGACCAACCACACAAGUAACCAGGGUUAAGGAGAACAACAUUGGAGUUAAAAUGGCAAAAGGUGGAGAUGACAGACUCCUGUACGUGGUGAGCAAUGUUUACAGGUCCAAGCAUAGCAGCGUCAAGCAUUUCUUUCUGUGGAGCAAGUCUGUUAAAUAUUUGUUAUUUGUGUUUUUUGACCUGAUUGCAAUAGUAAAGUUGUUCACAAAUGUUCAAGAUAAUUGUGUUUUACUAUAUUAAAAGUCUACAGUGUUUCAGAUUGUUGCAUAUCUGCUUGACCAAAGUAUCUCAUCUCUUGGUGUCAUGAAGUGCAAUGUGUUGAGUAUUUAAUAACUUAUUUUUGUAUAGAUUACAUGGUGUAAAACUAUGGUUUUGCUUGUAGUCUUUUGUGAUAAUGACAGACAAUGCUGUACUUUGUGUAUGAGUUGGUCUAGAUUUUUAUGUGUACAGUUUUGCAUUGCUUAUUGAGAUGAAAAGAUGGCUGCGUAAGGACUAUGCAGUUUCUAAGAGUGGUUUUAUUUGUUUAAAUGAUUUGGAACAUUUAUUAAAGUUAUAAUGUGGUUUUGUAGAGAA